UUUCUACCCAGAACCUAGGCUGUCACGAGGGAUUGCCAACUCCACUGUGGCUCACUAAAGAAAGCUUCUGCUAGUUAGCUUCCUUUAAAUUGUCAACCAACGCAACUCCAUUCACCGAGAUCAUUGCAAGCCCCCAUCCAUUUCCCACUCAUUACAAGAUCAUCGGAAAUACGAGGCCACCAACACACUCCAUUCACCUAGAUCGUUGCAAGCCUCCUUAAUUUCGCCAGAUCAUUAGGACAUUAAAAACCCGCGACUAUUCCAUCACAAUAAAGUGCCCGCCAUGGCUCGCCUAUUUCUUUCCGCGACACGUUCACAUCUGAUGCGACCUCCCAUUAUCCACACGUCGAUCCAGAGCUAUUCAAGCAAUUCCUCGCGAAAUCAGAACGCCAGCCCAGAAAUAUCAGGUAUCCAUGCCGAUAUAGUCGACUCAAAAAUCCCCGGCGUCGAAACCAAGCACCACGGCCUCGAGACCAAGCUUUCUGGCAUUGAAUCCAGGCUUGUUGGUAUUGAAUACAAGCUUGCCGGCGUCAGAACCGACCUUGCCAGCAUCGGGACCGACCUUGCCGCCGUCAGAAACGAGCUUGCUGGCAUCAGAACCAAGGUUUUCGGCCUCAAACCCAAGCUCGAGGAUCACAAGAAGGCUACCCAGCCUAGGAACGAAGGGUCUUUCUGGGACUGGCCCUGCAUCUGAAAGGCCUCAGCACCCUACGGGUCGCCCUCAAGGUCUUUCUCCGAGGGAGGUGAUAGCUAUUGGAACCCCUAUUUAUUUUAGAACCUUAGAGGUCUAUCUCCUAGCUAUAAUAUUUAUUCUUUAAUAGCACCUAGACACCGAAUAAACACUUAGGGAUGAGACUACAUGGUGAUAAUAUUAGAAGAAGCGUAUGGGUGAAUCUAGUAAGGGGAAUAGGGGGUAAAAAUGGUGAAAAUGGUGAAAAUGGGCUAACUCGAUUGAUGAUAGCUACUAGGUGUUGUAUGGAC